UCUCCCGGAUUCUGCUCAGCCUCAUUUCCGGCUGCGACUUGUCUCGCCUACGUCUGGGAGCGGCUGAACUUGUUUCUUCGCCUCCGUGAAGCUUUCGGGCCGAGAGGAUCCAUCCUGGCGGGAGCGGCUUGUGGGGCUCCGAUUGCAGCCAUGAGUGAGGCAGAAGUGAACCCCAAAGCUUACCCUCUGGCUGAUGCACAGCUCACCAAGACACUGCUGGAUCUUGUACAGCAGUCUUGCAACUACAAACAGCUACGCAAAGGUGCCAAUGAAGCUACUAAGACACUGAACAGAGGAAUAGCAGAAUUCAUCGUGAUGGCUGCAGAUGCUGAGCCCUUGGAGAUCAUCCUACAUCUGCCACUUCUUUGUGAGGACAAGAAUGUGCCCUAUGUUUUUGUGCGCUCCAAGCAGGCCUUGGGGCGGGCAUGCGGUGUCUCCCGGCCUGUCAUUGCCUGCUCAAUUACUAUCAAGGAAGGGUCACAACUGAAACCUCAGAUUCAGUCUGUCCAGCAAGCCAUUGAGAGACUGCUGGUCUAGAAACCAGUAGGUCCAGUCUGUACUUAGCAAAAUAAAAUUGGAGUGAGGGAAUUGAAUGUUUUAUUUUUAGUUGACAAGACAGUGGCUUGGUUUCAAAUGUUUAAUUUCAAAAUGCCAGGUAUUUGUUUUACAGUGGCUUGAUUCUAUUUUUGUUUCAAUUCUUCACUAUAGCCAACCUGGAUUUUCUCUCCCCUUCCUUCUUCCUGCCUUCCAAAUACAAGUCACGCUUGGUAAAGUA